AUGGCCGCGGGAGAGGUCGAUCCCAGGCUUAGUUCCCAACCCGGGCAGGUCCGGUUCUCCACGGUAACUGAGGAAAUCGAGCCUACCGAUCCGUCAGCCUCCGUCGAAACCCCCGGAGCAGAUUCGAUCAAGGAUGCGCAGCAUGAGGAGGAACUGCGGUCGCUAGCUGCCAGCCUGCAGCGAUCUCAAUUGCAGGAGAAUCGACUGCGACAGUUCUCUUACGACCCGAUCUCACUGCCUUCGUCCAGAGUUGCCUCCCGGGAAUCGAGCGACCGCAGUGCACGAGAAGCAAAUGGAUCGGGGUUCCCCUCGCCUCGGGGUUCCCCACCAGUGUCCGCUAUGCAAUCCCCCCCGCUGACGCCCGCAGCCACUCAUUCACGUGAAUCCAAGUCGAUUGACACUACCUCCACAUCCAAUGCCACCGAUCGGGCGGGGAAUGACGGUCAGCCCACAGCAAUGACGCCUGCAACCUCCCCUCCGACCAGCGCUACCGCACAAGGCAAAGCCCCCCAAAGUGCACCCUCCUCCCGUCCGCCCUCAACCGACCAGCUGUCGAAACAGAACCAAGUGGCACAAACAUCUUCGCAUCCGAACAAUGGCGCGCGACAUCGAGCACAGUUCUUCAUCGGUCCUGCGGAGGGCUCCCAGGAGGAGAGCCCUCCGGCCACCCCUCGCGGUGAUCCUGAGAGCUAUACUCCUCCCGGUACCAUUACCCCGGUGGGUGAGCCGAAUGAUCCGUAUGCUCGCAGCAAGCGACCCCCACAACCGAAGAAUCUCGCCCAACUCGACCAGCGGUUCAUCUUCGGCAGUCGGGACUCUAAGCGUCGCACCACCACAUCGGCCUUCGCACGCCCACUGAGCCCUCGUUCCUCCAGUGCUACGGAUCUUCGGACUAGCGAGAAGCGCAGUGGCUUCUUCAAUUCCAAGCGAGAGCCACGGCAGCAGGAACCUGAGGGAAAGUCCCAUAGCCACAUGUCCGAGCUGAAGCGCUUCUUCAAACGGAACCAUAACAAACACAAGCGAGGAGAUUCGCCGUCGUCGAUCCCCUUCAAAAAAUCGAGCCGGUCCUCGGCAAAGGGUCCAUUCCACGCGGCAGCCGACAGUGUUCCAUUCGCCGAUGAUCAUGGUCUCAAUUCCAAGUACGGUAAACUAGGCAAGGUCCUAGGCUCGGGAGCUGGAGGCUCGGUUCGGUUGCUCAAGCGAAACAGUGAUGGGGUGACCUUUGCGGUCAAGCAGUUCCGAGAUCGCCAUUCAUGGGAGACCAUGAAGGAAUACUCCAAGAAGGUGACUGCAGAGUUCUGCAUUGGGUCCACCCUGCAUCAUGGCAAUAUCAUCGAAACGCUAGACAUCAUCCAAGAAGGAAGCCAUUGGUAUGAAGUCAUGGAGUAUGCGCCCUUCGAUCUAUUUGCCAUUGUCAUGACCGGGAAGAUGGUCAAGGAAGAGGUUGCCUGUGCUUUCAAGCAGAUCCUCAGUGGAGUCGCUUACCUGCACGGAAUGGGCCUGGCUCAUCGUGAUCUGAAAUUGGACAACGUGGUCGUCAAUGAGCAUGGUAUCAUGAAGCUUAUUGAUUUCGGAAGUGCCGUGGUUUUCCGGUAUCCCUUCGAGAACGAUAUUGUACUCUCUUCGGGAAUUGUUGGCUCGGACCCAUACCUUGCUCCAGAAGUCUACGACGAGAAGAAGUAUGACCCCCGCCCGACAGAUGUCUGGUCCCUGGCCAUCAUCUUCUGCUGCAUGACGUUGCGUCGGUUCCCCUGGAAACAACCCCGUGUCAGCGAUAAUUCGUACCGACUAUUUGUUUCCACGCCGACUCCGGGAACUCCGGUACCUGAGGUCGACCCGAAACGCCACCGGGUCGUCAAAUCAUCACCUGAUCUUGUCACCACUGGCCAUGACAGCAAGCCCGCCCAGCCCAGUAUUAACACCGAUGUCUCCGGACAAGCGCCACAGACGAAUGGACAGCAACCUCAGACUCCUGCUGCUGGUGGUGAGGAAAAUCAGCCUCCGAAGAGUCCUCAGGACAAGCCGCUGGUGACCAAAGCACCUACGGAUAGCAAACAUGCCAAUGCUACCACUCACAAACCGUCUCGUACCACGAGCAAGGAGGCCCCUCCACUUCCGGCCAACGCCCAGGCGGCGGCUCAGCGACAGGAAGUCAUCAAGGGUCCCUGGCGACUUCUCCGGCUCCUGCCCCGCGAGAGUCGGUACAUUGUUGGCCGCAUGCUCAAGGUGUCGGUGAAGGAGCGCGCCACGUUGGACGAUGUCUUGACUGAUGAGUGGGUGCGCAACAUCAAGGCUUGUCGGCAGGAGUUGACCGGCGAAGUCAUCCAUGCGCCAGGUCACACGCAUGUCUUGGAACCCCCUUCGGCUACGUCCGGAGCCAUUGCAGGUCUGACAGUAGAUUGCUCACUGUACCCGCUUGAUACGAUCAAGACCCGUCUCCAGAAAGCGCGCACGGCACCUGCAGCUGCGAGCGCCAUUACGCCCGUCUCGCUCCGCCAAACGAUCCGCGGCAUCUACGCGGGACUCCCCUCGGUGCUCUUCGGAUCUGCGCCGUCCGCAGCCUCCUUCUUCAUCGUCUACGAUGGAGUGAAACGCCUCCUCCUUGAGCCUUCGUCGUCAUCUUCUUCCGCCGCCGCCGGCACCCCUCCUCCUCCCCCCUCGCGCACGCACAUCUUCCUCACACACAGCCUCGCGUCCUCAAUGGGCGAAAUCGCCGCCUGCGCCGUCCGCGUCCCGACAGAGGUAAUCAAGCAGCGCGCCCAAGCCGGCCUCUUCGGCGGCUCCACCGCCGCCGCCCUGAAGGAUAUUCUGGCCUUGCGCCACGCCCCCGGUGGAGCUGGAGGCUACACCCAAGUCAUCCGCGAACUCUACCGCGGCGCCGGCAUCACCAUCGCCCGUGAGAUCCCCUUCACUGUCCUGCAAUUCACCAUGUGGGAGCGCAUGAAGGAGGCCUAUGCACUCCGUAAUCAGGUUGAUAUUGUCCCGGCGACUACGAGCGCUAUGUUUGGGAGUGUCGCUGGUGCUAUCUCCGCUGGGUUGACUACGCCGUUGGAUGUCGUGAAGACGAGGGUUAUGUUGGCUAGGAGGGGUGAUUCUUCUCCUGGUGAGACUGGUGGCGUCAGGGUGAGGACGGUGGUUAGGGAGAUUUGGGUGAAUGAGGGGGCUGGGGCGUUUUGGAGGGGCAUUGGGCCCCGGGUUGCGUGGAUUGGGAUUGGGGGCGCGGUGUUUUUGGGGAGUUAUCAGUUUGCUUGGAAUUCUCUGGGGAGGGAUUCAGGACUUAGGGAAAGCGAUGAAGAACAUACCUCACUAAUCAACAUCCCUUCAAACUCUUCGUCAUCUCCCUCCCCAUUCCCAUGGGUUACUGCCUCCUCCAAAAAACACCCCUUCCACACCCCCCCCUCAACAACCCACUGCAUCCUCUCCCCGAAACUCAACCACCAGAGGGUCACCUAUGUGCUCCCUCUGCCUGAUGCACCCGGUGGCCAUCGGUUAGGCGUCAAUGGCCUGGCAGUCGACCCCGACAGUUCCAUCCUCUACUCCGCAGGUCGCGAUGGUGUCGUCUGCUCAUGGGAUCUCAAUUUUCCUCUCACCGGGGCUUCGCCCUCCUCCCAACCCGGCCAAACCACCUUUCGCAACCAGGUCCAGGCGCACAGCCACUGGAUCAACGACAUCGUGCUGACCAAGAAUAACUCCGCGCUAGUCUCGGCCUCGUCAGACACCACCGUCCGAUUAUGGCGCCCUCACUCCGAAUUGACCGAGGUGCCCGCGCCCAUCGGCAAACACGCCGACUACGUCAAGGCCUUGGCAACCCCCGGAAACCAUUCUUCGUGGGUCGCGUCGGGCGGCUUGGACCACAAGCUCUAUCUAUGGGAUUUGAACGGGGGUGGCGAGGUUUUGGGGAUUGAUGCGUCGGGCGAUGACCGCACGGCCAAGGGGUCCGUCUACGCUUUGGGCGCCGUUUCCUCCGUUCUGGCCAGCGGUGGUCCGGAGAACGUGGUUCGGGUCUGGGACCCGAAAUCCGGCAACCUCAUCACGAAAUUCGUCGGUCAUACAGAUAAUAUCCGGGAUAUCUUGAUCAACCGCGAUGGUGACACGAUCAUGACGGCCUCGUCCGACCAGACUAUUAAGAUCUGGUCCCUUACGGCGGGAAGAUGCAUGCACACGUUGACCAUGCAUAAUGACAGCGUCUGGUCGCUCUACUCCAAUCACCCGCAACUGUCGGUCUUUUACUCCAGUGACCGGUCCGGACUCGUCGCCAAAACCGACACGCGGACUACCCCGGACAUCGAGCAGGGCACCUGCGUGGCCGCUCUGCAGGAGCACGAGGGGGUCGUCAACGUCGUAGCCGCAGGCGAUUACAUCUGGACCGCGACCCCCAAAUCGAGCAUUCAUCGCUGGCGGGAUGUGGACACCACUGCUGAGAUUGAAUCUCCUACGAGGGAACAAAACCAGACAUCGGCGUCGGCGCCGGCAGCCAACGAGCCCAAGAAGAUUCCAUAUGAAUCGGUCCUUUUACUGUCGCCUACCUCGACCUUCCCAAAUGCACGCCCCUUGGACGAUGAGACCCCGCGUUCCGGGCCAACCUCCCCCGGAUUGCUGUCAGGGUCCAACCUGGACGACGAUUUGGGAUUGACGCUGCCGGUUCAGGCACUACCCGAGGAAACCAUUGAAGGCCAGCAUGGACUGAUUAAAUACUUCAUGUUGAACGACCGGAAACGCACAUUGACUCAAGAUUCCGCCGGCGAAGUUGUUCUGUGGGAUUUGCUCAAGUGUAAACCGAUUCAAUCUUUCGGCAAACGACACAUGGAUGAUGUCGCUUCGGAGAUCAACACCACCGAAAGCAUUGCGCAUUGGUGUACCAUUGAUAUCCGAACUGGGCGCCUUUCGGUGAUCCUAGAGCCUGGUCGGUGUUUCGAUGCUGAAGUAUACGCUGAUGAGUCUGAUCUGGCGGACUAUUCGCAGAUACGGGAAGACCAAAGAAUCAAUCUCGGGAAAUGGAUUCUGCGCUGGCUUUUUGCCCCUUUGGUGGAAGAACAUGUUCAGCGGGACGCCCAAUUUCGGGCGGCCGUGAAAGCUAAGGCGGAAGAGUUGGCUCGCUUGACUAGCUCUGGCGCAUCGGCCCCGGUCGAUAUACCAUCGGCCGAUCCGUCGAGGCGGGCGCUGGGCUUGCAGUCGCCUCUGGACCCAUUUACUGCCACCUUCCGGUCCGGUUACGAUUCUAUCGGUAGCCCUACGACACCCGGGUUUGGCAUCGGGUAUGCUGGAAGCCCAGCAACCAUGGGAUCACCCAUGUGGACGUCUAGUUUCAUGAACAACAACAGUCAUCUCGGCACAUCUCCCGGGGAUUCGACGUCAGAAUACCUUCUGUCGCAGUCGCAACAGAACCCGGACAUGGCCAGAGCGUCAUUCUCUGAUCGGUCCAGCGAUUACUUCUCAUCGUCCCGAACUCAGGGUGUGGGUUCGUUAGACAAUGACAAGGUGCCGACCACUCCGGGUGAACCGACCCCGACGGCUCUGCCCCAGUCUCCAGCCGAGCCCGAUAAGGAGGAGCGGAAGCGUGGAGCCUCUUUGUUCGGAAAGAAGUUCCGCAUGGAUUUCCCGAGGAAGCUGGGGCGGACCUCGUCCGAGGUCAAGCCCCAGGUUCCCGAGGAGAAGGUGGAAGAGUCGGACAAGUCGUCGACCAAGGAAGAGAGGGUGUUCGAGACUAACCUGAGUGGGUUCAUUGAGCGAACACGGCAUGAAUACGAGGAGUUCAUGUCUGCCCAUCCUGGCCGCGAAUUGACGUCGGCUUUUACACCGAGUCCGGACAAUGAGACUCCUGUGCUGGACAUUCCUCCUCGCACAGUUGUCUUUAUUCAGGAAGAGUCGGGCGAUACAGCUGUGGCGUCUGAUCUGUAUCGAGGAACGGUUGGUCAGAUCAGCGAGGAGAUUCACAAGUUGGAGAAAUCUAUACCUUUAUGGCUCGCUGAGCUGCUGUUGAAGAACCAAGUUCCGGUGAAGGAGCCAGUCAAGAUAGCUUUCACACUGAAGCCGUACGAUGAUCUGCUGCCCCCUGUAGCCAACCCAGAGCCUCCCGGUGGUGCCAAUGGGAACAACAACCGCCUCAACGCGAAUCGCAUGCUGCGAGCCAAGAAGAUCCUGGCCUACGUGGCGGAGCGAAUCGACCCUCCCAAUCCUAACGAGCCGGAAGCGAAUCCGAUGAAAGCGGAGGAAUAUUUAGAGCUGUAUUGCCAGAAGAUGCCCAUUCCGCCAAACAUGACCCUUGCGACAAUUCGUGCCCAUCUCUGGCGAUCCUCGGGCGACAUGGUCUUGUACUACAAGGCCAACGGCAAGAAGGAGAUCCGCAUGCCUGCGCCUGGCGGGGAGAAAGAUACUGGGUCUGGAAUCGGGUUGAGUGGAGAGGCUGGCAGUGCGCCGCCGGCCAGCAUCCGCUCGCAUGCAGCUUCUGGGUCGGCGGCCUCGGUCACUAACGCUUAG